GGAAAACACUGACCCAUUAAUAGCCUGCGGACUGAUUUAUACUUUAUUGUUCUGCUGCCCGAGCACGUGACUGCGGCAGCCAAUGGGCUGACAGGCAGCCUUCAACUUAUUAGGUGACUGUACUUCUUCGCAAGGACCAAGUUGUUACAUGAAAUCUGCAGUUUCAUAAUUUCGGCCGGUGUCGCUCCGUGUGUGUCGUAUGGCCAUGUCGACGUCAGGGACCCUCAGCAAUUAUUACGUGGACUCGUUCCUCAUUCACGAGAGCGAAGACCUGGUGCCGUCCAGAUAUGCCUCUGCUCCACUGGCCCAGCCACCGAGACAGCCCGCCCUGAGCGAGCACCCCGAAUUCGCCCCCUGCAGUUUUCAAUCCAAAACUUCAGUCUUUAGCACGUCCUGGAGCCCCGUGCACCCGCCGAGCGCCGGGAACGUGCCCACUGUGUACCACCCGUAUGUGCAUCACCAGGCACCAAUGGCAGGGCCCGCCGGCAGGGGCAGGGGGGGGGGGGGGGGGGGGGGGGGAGGUACAUUGGUUGUUUCAGUAACCAAUCAGAGUGCUCCAAAACCGCUGGCGGCCAGAAGGGGUGACUGUACCACGUUUGACACUCACACUCUGUCUCUGUCUGACUAUGCUUGUGGUUCUCCUCCAGCUGAUAGGGAUAAGCAAAGCCACGAAGGUGCGUUCUCGGAAAGCAACGGAGAAAGCGAGCCCAGCGGAGAGAAACCCCAGCUGGAUCCAAAUAACCCCGCUGCGAACUGGCUCCACGCGAGAUCCACCCGAAAAAAGCGAUGUCCUUACACCAAGCACCAAACGCUGGAACUGGAAAAGGAGUUUUUGUUCAAUAUGUAUCUCACUAGGGACCGCAGAUACGAAGUGGCGAGGCUGCUCAAUUUAACUGAGAGACAAGUGAAAAUCUGGUUUCAGAACAGGAGGAUGAAAAUGAAGAAAAUCAACAAAGACCGAGCAAAGGAUGAAUGAUGAGGAUGACACCCAGGUUCAUUGAAGGGCGGGGUGGGGGGGAAAUCCUCCCCUCGAUCCCCACUACCCAGUGCAACUGUUUGGGCCUCAUGUUUGUUAUGGCAAUUUCUGAUCCUUAGUGUACCUUGUAACAGUAGCAUGGAGAUGUCGCUUUGCCAGUGCUAUUCAGGAGGUACUGUAACACUUUUUCAUUUUAUAAUAGGAAAGCAAAAAAAGCAAAAAAAGGAAAAAAAAAAAAAGAAAAAAAAGGGGGCAUUAUUGAGGAAGGCUGUUGGUUGGCUUGUAUAAAUCUACCUGUUUCUUCACGUACGAAAAAAAUCAAAAAACAAAAAAACUACCUUUUCAUAAUGCACAACUAUUUACGGACUGUAUAUUUUAGCCUACGUAGUUAAUUUUAUUUGCUCUUUGCGCGGCAGAGAGAGGUCUGCUAUGAUACUUGAACACUGUGUUUUAUUGUGGUAAUUAUGUUUGUGACUCAAUUUAUGUGCUUGGGUGCUGUACCAGAUGUGAUUGUGUAAGCUAGAAUUCAAUUUGAACUCAGGUUGUUUAUGAUAAAAAAGUUGCAUAGAGUAUAGCUCUGUAGUGUAAUAAGUCUUUUAUGUAUAAUUAGACAGUUAACCUUUGAUUGUAAGCAAAAUACAUAUAUCCCAAUUUAAACACAAAAAAGAAGAAAAAAAGUCUGUCCGGGAUGUCUAGGAAUUACGGUUCUCAAACUCGUUCCAAGCAAGUCAUUUUAGUAUGCACAGUUGAUAUAUAUAUAGUACUGUCUUUGUCAGUUGUAUAUAUAAUCUAUAUAUUAAAGAAAAAGUAAAUAAACGGACUAGCUUAAAUAUUGUUUUUGCACCAGUGAGCAGUUAUCAGAUAUCGGAGCUAUACAUAUAUGUGAAAAGGGUAACUACCUAUGGUUUACGUUUUAAUUUUAAUCAAAUAAUUUGAUGCUUAUUGUAAUGGAGUUUAAUUUUAUUGAUAAUAAAUUAUACACAAUAAAAACCUACAUUGGGUUAUUGUAGAUUUGUAUCGAUGAUAAAAAUUUGGGAAGUUAUGUUUAUGCAGAACAUACACUGUAUAUUUUGCAAUAGUUACCUCAUGGCCUACUGACCAAAUUGUUGUGUUGAAAUGAUAUUUAACUUUUUGCCA